AAAUCAGAAGAAGAACAUAUUGACGUAAUGGUCACAUGACUACAGAAGUAUGGGGGGCGAGAACCGAAGGAGCAAAAUGGCUGAUGACGAUCCGUGGAAAUUAUGUGAAGACGGUUAUUUAAACAUAGAUACUGAUUCUGAAACUAUUAUUUAUCACCCUAAUUUAAAUAUUAUACUGGUCUCAACAAAAUCGUCAGAAGUUCAUGUAGUCGACGUGAAUUCAGGUGUGAUUUUACAGAAGAGUUCCUUAUCAGCAAAAGGAGAUGGGAUUCUUCAAGGCCUCUAUCUGUCUGGUCAUGAUAAGAUUUUGUUCACUGAUGGGAAAGGAAUUGGUGUCCGGAGAGAUUAUAAUGGGGUUCUGCUGUUGGAUACCAUCCUCCAGACACCUAUCAGCAAGCCGGAUGAUGUUGUGAAGUUGGAGUUGCUGCUCUCUGAGGCAAUCUUGCUGCAACACAGUCUGAGGUCUGUUGAACUACUUGGAGUUGAUCACACAGCAGAAGUUUUGCAGGAACUUGGAAAGAAGAUCAAGGAAGGACAAGGAAAGUCAAAGAAGGGGACCAAAGCUCAGAAGUGGAAUUCAAUAUGUCUGGAGCUCCCACACUGUGCUCUGAAGCUUGUAUGUUCUGGGAUGGUUCAAGAGUUAAAGCGCCAGAACCGCCACAUACCAGCCCUUUCAAUAGCAUCGGCCAUAAAUGAGAGACUGAAUUGCCUGCUGCCAACAUUUUCUAGUGAGGGAGUACCAGCUGACAGAGCACUCAUGUUUAGUGAAGCCGCUCGUAGGGAUACCUUCAUCAAGUGGCCUCACAUGAACUAUAAAUGGGCCUUACCAGACCAGAUGGCACAAGCAGGGUUUUACCAUCAGCCGAAUUCAACAGGGGAUGACCGUGCCAUGUGUUUCACUUGUAAUGUUUGCCUUGUUUGCUGGGAGCCUACAGAUGAACCAUGGUCCGAGCAUGAGCGUCAUUCUCCGUCAUGUCCUUUUGUGAAAGGGGAGUACACUCAGAAUGUUCCUCUAUCAGUGACAUAUGCCACCUCACCUGCCACUGUGUUUGGAGAUCAGGGUGAAGAAGUAGCAUGUGUCGGAACAUCAUCAGUUCCUGAACUUGUCGCCACAGCCACACAGCAUGGUCUUGUGGCGAUAUGGAAUAUCUCUAGACAGUUGAAGAAGGAAGUAUCUUUCUAUAUUACACCAUCUGACCCUGCAAUUACAAGAUCUCAACACCAAGACAGCAUAGGUUAUAGUGAUAUCAGACCACGGGAAGCAUGGCCUGAAAAAGGUGAUGCUUUUGAUACUGAAGUUCCUUGCUCAGAUAUUGUGGAAAUACUUCUGUCUGAUAUUGCUGUAGAAAAUUUACUGGGUCCUCCACUUAGUUGUCAAGACAUGGAACUAACAGCUGUGUGUAUAACAGGGAGUCCUCACCAUCAGAAGACUCAGCAACAGCUACGAAAGAAAGUUACAAAACCGAUGCAGAAUGGCAGCAAUGUAUCAGUUCGACCUUCCCUUGUGGGUGGUAUUAGCGUUAGGCCUUCAACGGUGUCCAGCCGGAGAACUAACUUAGAUCUCGUGUGGGGAGGAAGUAGUGAUGUCAUUAGCUCUCCAAUGGUACAAGCCAUGAAUGAUGUAAAUGAAGCAAGUAACCGUGAGUCUGCAGCAUUGGAUAUCAUGAAAGUCCGUGAGGGUGAACCUAGUGGUAAAAACGAUUGCAGCUCAUCCAACCAGACUGUGACAGUAGACCAAAAGAAAUCGCUAUUCCUUGUUGUGUAUGAUUUCCAUUAUCAUAACCUUAUUAAAGAUGAGUGUGUAGACAGUAAAGAUGAUGGUGGUAGUGGGGGAAAAAGUAAUUCGGGUCUGGCUGGAAGCAGUGCAAAGAAAGUUGUAUUCGGUACAGGAACAAGUGCUUCAUGCUCUGGAACAAGGCAAGAAAAUAACAACAUGUACCCCGAUAUCUUGUUUUCAAAAUUGUUCUAUGAUGCGUCAGUUAUGGAGGAUGUGGAUACGGAUAUUGUUAUGGCUCCACCUCCCGAGUGCUCAGUAGAUGGGUUAGAAUUCCCUGCGGCCUCAUCUUCUGGAGGCAUCUAUCCACCACCAACUGCAGUUUCCGCUCCAGCAAGUGGAGGUGGAACAUAUGAUGCUUCAUCGGUGAAUGUUACAUUUUCUGCUGUAAAUGGAGGUAUCAGUAUGUCCAAUUUUCCCUCCACUUCAGAUGGUAGCCCACCAAUGGUGAUUAAAGUUAGUCGUGUGCCCAAGAAAGACAACUGUGGUAGUAAUAAGGCUAGUGUUGAUAAUGUCAGUAAUUGCCAGCUUACAAAACAACGUGACCCCAUUGUAGUGCAGUGUGUUCCGUUACCUGACAUGUACAAAGAGAGGAGAAAUCUGUCCAUUUUGGGAAUCCAUCCUACCAAGGAUGGUGGUCAUGUGCUUGUAGUGUUGGGUUCUGCAGACUGUGAUAAGGGAGUUAGUUUGAACUCGGUUUCUGGUUAUGGCAGUUCAACAUCUGUGCCAGUCAAUUCAAAUUAUGAAGGAAACAUGAUAUUUGAAUGCAGCGAUAAUGAUAGUGACAUGGAUAUUGAUGUGGACGAUGCAGUGGGAAACCUAGGAAUGACAACUAAUGUGAAACCCACUUCCAUCACAGAGGUCAAACCACUUGAACAGUUUCCUCCCCGACAGAAUUUUGGUUUCUUUCAUGAUGAUAAUGCAUUUCAGGAAGGAUUAAAAAUGUUGGACUCCAGUGACUGCAAAAGGACCAAUGUUACGAUGUGUAAGGGGAGUGUGCUACUAGUGUAUGCCCUUAACUUUGAUGGUGAAGUAGUGAAAUUGGAUGAGACACCUGUGAAGGUGAGGGACUUCGGUAUGUGUGGGGAGUGUCCCAUGGAAGUUACCCUGCUGCCUCUGCUAGAGAAGGAAGACAAUGGCGAUUCUUCCAAUAAUCUUCUGGCCCCUGUGAAAGGAUGUCCCCAAGGAAUGGCAGUGUUGGUUUGCAGAGAUGGUAUUGUCAGAAUUAUUGACUUGGCAACUUUGAAAACAGUCUCACAGGCUGUGCCAGAGAAGAAAGGGACUAGAUUUGUAUCUGCUACUUAUUGUAAUAGCUUGGAGAGGCUUUGUGCCUGUACAGACAAAGGCUCAUUGCAUUUCUUUGUGCUUAAUGAUGAAAACACUAUGGAGGAGAGAGAGGAAGAUGGCAUCAGCCAUGCGAGUGACUUCUGUGUGUCUGUAUCAUCACAUAAUCUCAGUUACCAACAGCAGAGUAGUAGUAGUUGUGGAUCACCACUCCCAACUAGUAGUAACGAGGCUGCUGAUUUCACCCAUGAUCCUUUUAACACUGCCGGUGUGCCCAGAAGUUCACUGUCACCCAUUGGUUCUGCUAACACUAGUAGUGAUCAGUUGUUGGUUAACAAACCAGUGUUGGGCCUGCCAGAACUGCAUUUGCUUCAUGAACUGACAAAAUAUGAGAACUUGUCCCCUUGCUAUGCUGCUACUGUUCCACCAUGUUGGACUGAAAUGAUGCAAGCUCAGAAGCAGCGACGACAUCCACAGCAUCUGCAGCAGGGAGAUGAACUUCAGCAUACUAGGAGCUGGAGACUGCAGAAUGAUGCCACAACAUGGGAUGAGCAUGUAUUUGAGAUCACUCUCCCUCGGAGCUGCUGCAUCGGUCAUGUGGAUCUGAAAUUCUCAUUGCAUGCUCCUUGCUCCUCACCACCUCACAUCCAGGUCACACUGCUCAAGCAAAAUGCCAGUGGCAUUGGUAGGAAGGAGAAGAUGUUUACACCACCUGUUGAUGAACCAAUAGAUUUCAAUAUUAACAUGCAAUUUGAUGGAAGCACCAAAGGUCCUGUGGAAAAUCCUGUUACUUCUGAAGAAUAUCUGCGUGACCACAAUACUGAAAUUUUAUGUGGGCCAGUGAACCUUGCAUCCUGUCUCGACUUAUCAGAUCAGAGUGGUACUGUCACUCUCACAAGCCCAAAACUGUUUAGGAUACGAGGCCGAACGCUUUUAGUGCACAUCAAAGCUCUUGGUGAAGAUAAAGAAGCUGUUAAAGAAAUGACAAAUAAAAAUCGAAUUAGUGAUGAGAAAGGAUCUGCUUCAAAAAAGAGCAAAUUGGAUAGUGGAAAAGGGAAGUCAGUAGAUUCAAUGUUGGACUAUUACCUGCAUGUGCCAGGCAACACAGUGGAUCGUCUUGCUAGUGCAGCUGCCAGUAAGAAGAUGGAAUAUUACUUGGGCUGUGACUGGUUACAUGAAAUAUCCAUAACCAUUAGGAGAACUAAGCAAACCAACAUUCCAAAUGAAAGGAACCAGCGCUGUGCAAUGCUGGAUUCAAAUUUGUUUGCUGAGAAACUUGUGAAAGUUGUUUGUCUUGAGGGACCUGACAAGACUGUUGUAGCUCAGAGUAUGGCUUUGGAUAUUUUAAUUUGGGUGGCAUCAGUAAGGCUCAGUAGGCAUAGAACAUCAAAAGGUGAUGCAAAAGCACAGCAGGUGGAGCUGGCUAGAAUUAUUGAAAAUAAUCUUAUUUCACUUAUUAAACACUGUAUCCUGCUGUCUGGAAGAAGUAUUGCUCACAAGUGUGUUAAACUCAUCAUCAUAUGCAGCGAGGGAAUGAAGAAUGUCCUAGACUCAGUAACAGUUCAAUUUGAUGGUUGUGUUCUACGGGCAUUGCUUGAGUGGUUACCCAUGAUAUCCUGUAGUACAUCGGCUGGAGCACUUCGGUGGUAUUUCCUCCUCCUCAGUCGUGUCAUGUCACUGGAUGUUUCUGCCACUACUGGACAGAAAUGUGUUACACUCUUGCAGAAGAUAGCAGAAGAAAUGAGCUCAAGAUCCAGCCCUUACAAUUUGCUAUUAAGGACAAGAUUUGGUUUGUAUAAUACACCCUUUGAGCCAGAACUAUUUGACAUUGAACCACCAGUACCUGCAAAGUUUUCGUCAGUUCCUAUUACAUAUGCAACAGUUGUUAGUGGGGAGACUGGUGGAGGUGCCAUGGUAACAUGCCCUGGAGUUACUGCUGGGCCUCCUGGAUUUGCUUUGGCCUUAGAUCAGGAUCUGAGGGAGCUAUUGGGAAUUGGAGUUGGAUGUUCUAAUCUUGGAGAUAAAGCUACAACGACAAGAUUUAAAGGCCUUACUUCAAAUCAUUACAUGAAGGGACUAUUGGAAGCAGAACCUCUGCACUUCACAUGUCAUGCAGCCAGUGAUGGCACCAAGAUGGAAAAGAUAGAACCAGGAUCAUCAUCUGGUGCAAAUGGCUCUGUUCCUAUGGGGAAUUUCUUUGAUCCAGCCAAUUUCAUCACUACAAAUUCUGGAUCUAAAAAGGCAGAUACUGAAUUUAUCUCAUUUUAUGAAGAUAUGAAAAAGGAAGAUUACUUUCCAGCAUCGUCCAGUUCAGACAUGAAGUUAAAAUGCCAGUCCUUCUACUCAUUUGAGAAUAAGAAUAAAUGUAAGGCCAGGGCACCAAGACUGGUUAAAGUGUGCAAACUAGGUGGGGGAGGUGUAGCAGAUGCAGAAACUAGUUCAAGUUCAUCUUCACAACAGUCUACUCUCUCGGGUCCACCUCCUGCCAGAUUCAAAAAUUCAAAUAUUGGCUUGACCAAGGAAAAUUCAUCGUGUGACACAGACAACAGGAAACAAGACAGCAAGAAGGGCGAUGAAGCGGGGUCUGUGCUGUUACCAUGGCAGCAACUGUUGAUGAUUCCGCCUCAACAUAUGCUUGUCAUUGAGAGGAUGCACUCAGGUGCAAGGAGAUUUGUUGUCCUUGACUUUGGGAGCCCAAUUCUACUGACUGAUCUCAUGAUACCAGCCUGUUCUGACCUUGUGUCCCUGUCCAUCGAUAUCUGGUGUCAGGGUGAAGAAGUGGAUGGUCAGAGGCUAGUUGUAGCAUCUGACAUUGGAACGAAGUCUCUGGUUAUGAGUGAUCUGCAGCCACCUCCAGUGUGUAGAUAUCUUAAGAUUACAACUAUUGGAAGAUAUGGGAUGAGUACCACAAGAUGUAAAAUUCCAGUUGGGUCUUUCUAUGGACACAUAGUUAUUCUACCUGGUGAAUGUUAUCCGGAGACGAAUGAAGUUCAAGGCCUGUCAGGAAGCAAUAUUCAAGCUCAGUUGUCUGUAUUGUCAGCAUUAUUUGAAGACAUUCACUGCCGCUAUAGUUUAGCUUGUGCCAAACUUCGGGAGUUCCUCACACCCUUGCUGACUGCAGAAAUUCCUAAUGUAGUUCACAUGCACCACUAUCUUCAGAGAGGAAGAGAUGUACAGAAAUACUUCCCUAGCCCUGAGGGACAAAAAAUUUUAACAGCUUACCAGGAAUGUGUGACAUUUCAGCAUCAGUUAAAUAUAGUUCGUAAUGUGAUACGUCGACUAGAGUCUGCACAAGGCAAAGUGCGUUCACUUCCUGAUGUAAAAGAUACUCAGAGAAUGCUGUCAGAAGCAUGUACUGACAAGUUACGAGUUCUUGGAGAAAGCCUCCUUGAUCUCUUGUUGUAUUUGGUAUAUGAGAUUGGACCAGUACCCAGAUUACCAUUGACAUUGUAUCUGACAUUUGAUCAAAGCAUCUGUGAACAUUUGUUCCAUUGCUUUUGUGUGAAAGAGGACACCCGAAUACAAUUGUCAGCAUGCACACUACUUGUCAGAAUGUGUGGACUUCAGCCCUGGUGGGGUGACUUCUUGGCAAAGACAAUCACCAGACUGUACAGCUCACAGAAUACUUCCAUUUUCCCACAGGAUAGGGUGUUUAUUUUAUUAACCUACUUGGGGAGGAAGUCCCUAGCCGGGGGUGCUACACGAUGCUCAGUUCUGGAUAGUGUGCUGGGAACACUCACCAAACUUCUCUUGCCUCUUUCAACUCAUCAGGCUGGAUUUUUGCGUGCUGAAAUGGACUUGUCCCUCAUUGGCUGGAUCCUACUGUUUCUCUCAGUUUGUCUUGAUACAAGCAGUACAUCCUUUGGCUCCGAGGAAAUGGCUGAUAAAUCUAAGGACAGAGACCAAGGUAUGACAUCACGUUGGGAUUUCAUCCAAGGAGAAGUUGCAAUGCAACGUCGGAUGACCACCUCAAAUCGCUGCAGUGCUUCUAGAAAUUACAGACGCAAAUUGCAGAAACGUCUCAUGCACCAUAAGCAGCAGCUUGAAGACCUUGAAGCAGCAAAGAAAGCAUUCCAUGCAUCGACACAGGCAUUAUCAGCACUAUCAAGUCAAGCAGCGAACUUGUCCAGCAAAUUGGAAGCUGCUUUGAAACAGCAAGAGCUGUUCUUUAAGAAAACACUGAAACAGCACUCAGCCAAACAUUUUAAGGAUAUUCUUCAGAUACAUCGGAAUGAUGGUGCAACACUGCUCAACAAACAUGGUUUACCUGUUCCAAGGCCAUCCAACACACCAGUCAGGGAGAGAGAUGAAAGUGAAACAGAACGUGACUUGAAUUUAUGUCUUCCACAAUCCCAUUGCCUCCCUGUAGCAAAGGGACUUAUGGCACUUAUUCUGCAGAUGGACUUCACUUGCAAUAUUGAUAUGUUCUUGCUGGCAUGUAAAGUUGUGGCUCGCAUUGUUGUAUCAACUAGGCCAGCUAUUACACUUGGUGAGCUAAUGACACAAGAUCAGCUACUGCAUUUAGUGAGACUGGCCGUGUGGAACGAUCAGCAUAAAGCUUCAUGGGGUGGUCCUUGGGCCUCUCAUGCCAUCUGCUGUUUGCUUCAAGAUAUUUUGGAAGGAGUUAGGAUGUAUCCUAAUCUUGGUAGCCAAGAAGGAAGUCCUGCAGAAGAUAUCUUGGACCCUGCAUUAUCUCCACCUACUGCAAUGACAGAAACUGAAGAGCCUAUGCCUGAACCUAGUACAACCAGCAGUGUUCAAGAAGGGGAAGAAGAUUUUAACAUUGAAGAUACUCCUGAUGCUUCCACUCCAGGGCCAUCAUGUUCCAAGAGUAAUGGAUUCCAGUUGCAGUCAUUGUUGGAAUCAGAUGAUAGUGGUGAGCUGGAGGACUUCCUGGAUGAUAUGCUGGAACGUGGACGAAAAAUACUAAGAAAAUGUGCUGCAAACCGCGUACCUGUGAGUGCAACAUCAAGCAUAUCAACUGCCCUGGAUGCAAGACUGGAAUAUGGGGUGGAAGGCAGUGCUGAGGUGAUGUUGCGCAGACUGACAGCUUUAGGAGCUUACAAUUUACCACUCAGUGUGAAUGCAGCAAUCCAACCUCCACCUGAAGCUGCUAGACACCCAGCUUCUUCUGCAUGGGAUGAGAAUACUUCAGUGAUAUGGCAGCAAACUGAUUGCAACCAACCUGACAGCUUGCAAAUGCUGACCACUUGUUUUGACAAGGUCUUCACUGAAUUGCAUCAACAGAACUCUUGGACAAAUUUAGAAUUGGUUCUACAAUUAUGGUUGACCCUGAAUUUGGAAUCUUCAUGUGAUCCAGGGGUAUUAGGAACAUUUGACCCUGGAGUUUCACCAUGUAUUUAUCUCAGUCCAAAUGCAGUGUCAGGACUAAUGGCUGCUCUAGCAUGGCAUCCUGGCAUAUCUCUGCGAGCAUGGUGUUUGGCAUUUCAGAGCCUCACAAUGUUGGCAAACACUCCAUUUGCUGAGGCUGGAUCACCAGAAGCAGCAGCCUCUUGGGCACCGGAGACAGUAGAGGAAAUUGAAAACUCAUUACUAGGCAUGGCCAAAAUCAUUGUUGGUGAUCCACAGUUUGUUCCCAUGUUGCUUCGUUUCCUCUCUGGUUCUGGAUUGAACACUGGCACUUACUCUGCCAAAGGAUGUGCUGGACCAUCUGUUUGUCAGGCCCUUCAUGACUUGCUUGUGAGACUGCAGAUGAGGUGUGAUGUUGUGACAACUACAAGUAAAUAUGGAAAUACACUAAAAGAGUUACUGUUGAAGCUAGUAUACCAGUUAGUGCAGCCUUCGGGGGCCCUGGCUAACCGACAAGGACCAUUGGAUGCUCAGUGCAAACUUGUUGAGAUGCUUCUCAAUCUUAACUUUGCUAACAUUGACUUGAGCACUGCCAUGAGUAUUCUUGAAUCCGUUGGUGUGUUGGUGUAUUCGUAUAUCUUGAGCCUAGAAAAAGUGAAAUGCCACAGUGUGUCAGAAUCAAAUGUAACUGCUUCAUCAUGUUUUGGCGGUCUCUUUGCUUCUGUGCUGGGAGGGGAAACGAAGCAAGGAAAACCAGCAUCAUGGGAUGCUCUCCUAUGCAGUUUGCUCAAAUUAGUCAACAAAUUAGUCCAGACACCUCUCAUGUCUCAUGCACAUGGAGCUCGGCAGGCAGAGGGCAUGGAGACGUUGGACUGUCAGCCAGGUCCUAUGGCAACAGGAAAUUCCCAGUUGGAUAACAGUGGCAUGUGUCAGACAGAUGAACACAAGGCUGCUGAGCAGCAGAACUCCGUUGACAUGGUGCGACAGCUGCAGAAUGCAAGGCAGGAGGUGAAGGUACCCUGUGUUGCAGAUACAGUGUUGCAGCAUCAUCCAACUAUGCUCCGGCUGUUGAGCGCUCUGGCGGGCUGCAGUGGUUCCACCUUAGCAAUGCUUCUUGGCUCUGCUGCACCUCCUGAACAGUUAGCAUUGGGUGAAUUUGGGGAGCCAUUGUCUGUAGGGGAUGCUGUAUUCCAGUUACUUGCCAUGUUAGCUUGCAAAGCUACUUCACCACAGUUGAUCCUCAGGCCCUUGUUUGAUUUUCUUUCUUCUGCAUGCAAUGCACAGCCUCCUGUUGGUGCAGUUGGUGUAAUGCAGCUUUCUGAACCUCUUCUUUGGUUCAUUUUACGAGUGCUAGAUAAAGAAAGUGCUCUGGAACAGUUCAACAGAAUGGGGGGUGUAAAGGUGAUCUGUGAGAAUCUAGUGAAGAGUAAUCAGGCAUUGAUAAACGCACAUCCAAGCUUGGUAUCUGUAGUGAUGCAGCAUUUUAGUCAUGCUCCCCCUAGCAGUUCUCUCAACAACAAAAAACUUCCGAGUCCAAUUGAGACCUAUGAGGGGCUCCUGAACUUUGCACCUUUAGGUACCAUAAGUUCAAGCAAUCCUACAGCUCAGCCAGCAGAUGUUUUGAUACAGUCUGCUCCCCCUCAUCGAAGAGCACGCACACCAGCAUGGUCCUAUCACUUCUACCCAGAUGAAACAUGGGUAGAUCUCACUCUUACACUCCCAUGUGCUGUGUUGCUGAAGGAAGUUCAAUUGCAGCCGCACCUCACUUCAUUGGCAACUUGUCCAUCAGCUGUAGCCAUGGAAGUGUCUCGGGAUAGCAGCUCAGGUCUUGUGCCAGUGUGUCCACCAUUAUCAACAAGUGGACUCACCUUUGUUCGCUUAAGACUGCCACAGCCUGAGAUAGUUACGAGUGUUCUUGUGAGACUGUAUAAACCACGAGACUCCUCCAAUAUUGGAUUAUCACAGAUUCGACUCCUUGGAUCAACAACUUUUGGAGAAACAGUUUUCAGGACUGUCAAUAUGGAUGUCCCAGAUGAAGAACAGCUCACAAAAUCAAGUUUGGGCUGGCUGAGGUUGCUACAUCACUGCCUUAGCCUACCCAGUCAGGAUUCUGAGUUAGCAGCUGCAGUAGUCACAUCAACAGCAAGUGUUCCUGGUCUGCUGGAGGCUUGCUGUGGUCUGCUGCUGAUCCCUGCACCUUCACCUUCACUCUUCACUCCAAACUUGGAGCGAGUUCUGCUUAAGCUUGGCCUACAUAACCGAGAACUAGGACUGAAACAGAUAAAUACCCUUCUCAGAAAUGGAGCAGCUGCUUUUCUUCAAGGUUCUUUACCCAUCGGUCAGUGCAGUUCCUCAUCUGCUGUCGUAGAUUCAGUAGUGGAACUCUUGUACCAGUUAUGUACUGUGCAGGAUGAAGCCACAAAGGACAGAGUAAAUGCUUUGCUCUUCUGGCUGCAUGAAACUGGAAGUGCAGCUCUGCAGAACAAGCAGCGUGUACAUACUGAGAGUGGUGAAAUUUGGUCCCCAUCAUCAGCCUAUGUACACAGUGCAGCAGCCAUCUUAUGGACAGGACAUGAAUCUGGAGUCAAUUAUGAUCUUCCAGGGAUGGUUACAUCAGAUUUGUUUAACAUUCUUUACAAGUGGACGUUAAUUCUCCCAGCUCACUCAGCACUAAAGAAAUCUAUCGACACAUUAUUGUGUUCAAUGUGUUACAUUAAGCCAGCUCUCUUUCCAGCAAUGCUUCAACGUAUGGGGGUGUUGGUACCCAACUUGGCAACACAUCACAGUGCUUCCAUCUCUGAUGAUAGGAAAGAUCAUGAAUUAGAUGAAUUAUAUGCUUCUAUCUCUGAUGACUCGAAAGAGCAGGUUAUAGAGAAUGAACAAUGUACUGAUAGUGGAGAAUGGUAUAAUCAUCUGAUGAUACAGGACCUUCAUAAAAUGAGGCUAAGCGAAUGUCAGCUGAUGACAAUAGCAAUGGCUUGUCAGUCUCCACCAGCAAUUUACCAGUUGUUGGAUUCAGGAUUACCAACUCUGUUGACAUGUGGUGUCCUAGAAUUUUGCAAUCAGGAGCAAUGCCUAGGACAGAAUAACCACAAGUACACUGACAAGAGCCAGAAUUUGUCUUCAGGAAAGAGGCAGAUGAACCAGUCACGAAUGACAGAUGCAGAUAAAGCAAGUGGAAGGGAAGGAAGAAAUCAUCUGCUUACAAGCUCACAAGGUGCUUUGCCGAUGCUGAGAGUUGAUACAAUAGCCAUGAUUCUCAACUUCUUUGCUGAAGUUUGUGCUGAAGGUCAUAUGAGAGACUGGUUAGGCUCCCCUGAAGGUUCUGUUUUCUGGCUUCCACUUCUGAGUCUACUGUGCAAUAAAUCCAGCUCUGUUGACAGUGAUCUUGAAGGACAUAGCAGGUGUGAGCUCACAAGUGAAUCCUUCUCUGCUCUGGAGUCUGCUACAGUAAAGUUCUUGUCUCGAUGCUGUUGGUGCCAUCCUUCAAAUCAACAGUUGCUCUCCAGAGUUCUCUGUGAUGUUAUCAGUCCGCAGAAGACAGUGCAUCAGAAUGUAACAUUUCUUCACGGCAUUUCUGGCUUUACACGUCGCCUUGUGCUACAGCUCCUUCUUGAGAAUGAGAAGCUAUUUGUGUUUGUGAAGGCCAAUUUUCCACUCCAGAGGAACAAUCUGGCUGUAACAAGUAAUGCCCCCUACCAGCCUCGUUAUGGUGUUGGUCACCAGCAUCAGCUUCUCUACUUAAGUACACACACAACUUGUGCUGACAUACUAAAACUUGUGUCAGCCUCAGGAAAUUUGCUUCCUUUCUUGGGAGACACCAAGGUCAGCGAUAAUGUGGCAAGCCUUAGUGGCAACAAGGACUCACGGAAGGAGCUGUGGGAAAUAGGUGUGGGGCUUGUUGAUCCGCUCUCUAUGGCAGCAGGAGUCACAGCUAAGGACAAACGGGUCAAGGACGCAAAAAAUGCUGCUGCCAGUAGCAGCCGAUCACCUUUUGCUAAGAAGUCCCGUUCAAGUGGGCUCACAGAUUCAGCCUCACCCACAGCACCAUUUGUGUCAGGGUUCUCAGUGCCUCAGCAGACAUUGCAGCACCCUAUGUGUCCUGGUGUGUCAUUGCCUGGCCAGAUGACACUGUCACAACUUCUUACAUUUGCACAAGAACAAGGAGUAUCCCUGAGCACUCCUUGUAUUGCCCUCACACUCACACAGCAUACCAAAACUUCAUCAAAUAAAGACACCAAAGAUGACACAUCAAAGAGUGAAUGUAACCAGUUGCUCUCAUACCCUGGCUUACCAACACCUCUGCAGGUGUUCACUCAGCAGGGGGGUUUGGCUCUCUUGGCACAGCAUCUGCCUCUUGUGUACCCUGAAACACUCCGUUACAUUACUCCAGAUAAAGUGUCCACUCCUGAUGCUCUUGAUGCAGAGUGGGUCAAAGUGGAUGCCAAUGAUGACAUCUAUGAGGUUAACGACUUGGAAGAUUCCCUUCCUGCAGGCAGUUCUUCGCCCAAUGCAGGUGGGAAUCGAUCGAACUCAUUACCACCUCCUUCAGUCCCUCCACAUUCCCUUGCAGCAUUUGGUUUAUUCCUGCGUCUACCUGGCUAUGCUGAAGUUCUACUUCGAGACAAGAAAAAGGCUCAAUGUCUUCUCAGGCUGGUUUUAGGUGUCACGGAUGAUGGAGAAGGGGGAGAUAUUUUUAGCUCUCCAGUUGCUGGUUCUCUACAUACAUUACCAUUCCAAGUCUUGCGUCAACUUUUUGACUCCACACCCCUGACAACUGAUGAUGGAGUUUUGUUGCGGCGUACUACCAUUGAUAUUGGUGCUAUACAUCUGCUGUUGGGUUGUCUCUCUGUACUUACUCAUCAAUCACAAGGUGUAAAUCUCCCUGGAGUUCAGCAUGUAAAUCUCCCUGGAGUUCAGCAGGAGCUGGUCAUUGCUGCCACAAAAGCCACUGCUGUCUCAAAGGCCGCUGCUAUUUUACAAGACAGCCUAGGAAACUCUGAUGACAAGUCACAUUUAUACUGGGCUAAAGGAACUGGUUUUGGCACUGGUAGUACUACACAGUCAUGGAAUGUGGAACAAGCAUUGUUACGCCAGCGUAGUGAAGAAGAACAUGUCACUGUGCUGCUGCAGGUGCUGUCAAGUUACAUUAAUCCGGGUGGGGCAGUUCCUCCAAACUUCUUUGCUGAAGAGGAUGAAGAUGAGAGCGAAAGCGAAAGUGAAAGCGGCCCAGAACAACCACAGUUACCCAUGUUAUUCCAUGACCUCUUGCAACAAUCCUCUCUGUUGCCGGCUUUGUCUUCAUACCUUCGAAAUGAUUCUGUUCUGGAUAUGGCUAGGCACAUACCAUUAUAUCGAGCUGUGUUACAACUUCUUCGGGCAAUGGCACUUAGUCCACAACUUGUAUCACUCCUACUGCCUCAAAACAGAAGGCAGAAGUCAGCUCAGGGAGAUGAAUUGUCAGUUAUUUGUCUGCUCACAAAGAUGAAGAACUGCGUUAAUACUUACGCUUCACGCCUCAAGAUCAACAAAUCAAAAGGCAAUGGAAAAUCAAGGUUGCCAAACAAAUAUCAGGAUGAACUGGAGCAGGAUGAGGGAUUGGCACUCCUUAUUCCUGACAUUCAGGAGACGGCCAAUCUUGUACAGGUUGCUACUGAUCGUCUUGUACUGGAAGAUGAAGUUGAGGCUCCAGCAGGGAAAGACAGUGCAUUGUCAGGCAACUUGGAAUGUCCUCUGCAGAGGUCACUGGAAGAGAGGUACUUGGAAGUCAUGAAGCAGUUACAGUUUGAUACAUACGAGAUGAUAACAGAGUGCAGUGAAGGUGGGUACCAAUUUGUUGUUUCAUAUCACUUCGAGUCAAAUAUGCGUGCAGCAGGCGAAAGGAGUCACCCUUCAAGAGUGAAGAGGCUGGCACAGGAAACAGUCACUCUGUCAACAUCUCUCCCCUUAUCCUACAGCAGUUCCGUGUUUGUUCGCUGUGAUACUGAUCGUCUUGACAUUAUGAAGGUGCUGAUAACUGGACCUGCUGAAACUCCAUAUGCCAAUGGAUGCUUUGAAUUUGAUGUGUACUUUCCACCUGACUAUCCUAAUUCUCCAAUGCACAUCAACCUGGAGACCACUGGACAUCACACUAUCAGGUUCAAUCCAAACCUCUACAAUGAUGGUAAAGUGUGCUUAAGUGUGCUCAAUACAUGGCAUGGACGGCCAGAAGAAAAAUGGAAUGCUCAAACUUCAAGUUUCUUACAGGUCUUAGUGUCUAUACAGUCCCUAAUCUUAGUUCCUGAACCAUACUUCAAUGAACCAGGCUAUGAGCGAUCCAGAGGAACUCCUUCUGGCAACCAGAGUUCACGAGAAUAUAACUCCAAUAUUUGUCAGGCUACUGUUAAGUGGGCUAUGCUGGAGCAGGUUAGAAAUCCAUGUCCAUGUUUCAGAGAGGUCAUUCAUACACAUUUUUGGAUGAAGCGUCAAGAAAUUUUAAAUCAGAUUGAAGGUUGGAUCUCUGACAUGGAAACCCAGUGUGGAGACAGGCGUACUGGAAGAGCCAUUUCUCUGAACGCAAUGGCUCUCAAGCGGCACUUUCGUCAGUUGAGAGAAGAGCUUAGUAAACUGAAAACUCCAGAAGGUCUCGAGGACCUUGCUGAUCCUGCAUUUCAGCUUACUUCAUCUCCGCCUGCAUCCAGUCUUCAAAGUGCUCCGGAUUCAAAAGAAGCGUCCCCUGUUGUUGGUAGUUCUAGUCAAGGAUUUGCUCCUUUUGGUGCUACAGGUGGGCUCGCCAACGAUCAGAAACAUUCUGUGGAAGAGAAUGUCAAUCAUGACAUUGACACUGAUGUUGAAAUGGAGAAAAUGGUGUCCAAAGUUUGUGAAUGAAGAAGAAUUUAUUGUAUUGGAUACAUUUUAGAUGUCAGUUCAUCAGCCUUACCACUCCAUAUGCUUCUGGGGCUUAUUGUUAGAGGGUGGUAAGAUGGCUUUAACAAAGUUGGUUAUACUGCUUGGACGUGUAAGGUACUCUUAGUCUUAGGACAAGAGUGUUUAAAAUUUUCAGAAGAAAUAAGGCCACAUUAGAGAUCAAGGAGGCCCAUUCAACUUGUUUUGAAACAUGCCACUGUAUGUGGGGUUUCUAAACAUCUCUUGAGCUAGAGACCAACUUGUAGUAUCAGUGGACUUUUGCAGUUCUCUACACUUCUUUUGUGAUUUGAAGAGAAUUUAUAUUGUAUUACACAAUGUCAAUAUUAUCAAGAAAGUGGCAGUAAAAAUUGUUACUCCUUAUAAAUUACUGAAUCAAAUUAUUUAUUAUGUAUUAUGACUGAAUUUUUUCCCCCAAAGACAUUACCUAAUGGCGUUGAAUGUUAAUUACCGAAGCGUAUAAGAAUUAACUUCUGUGCUAUCCCAAAGAAGCAGUAGUAGUAAUCUUCCUGCAUUUUUCUGCAUGUUUUGUUUGAGAGGUGGCAGGAAUUAGAAGUGAGGCUAGAAUCAGUUACUGAGUAGCAUAAACUUGUUGGAUAUGUUACACUGUGAUUCAUUUUCUACAAAUUCAUUAUGAAUUACAAAAAAUAAUAUACUAUUUUCAUUAUUUGAAUUGCUGUUUGCAAGUGAAUGAAGUUAUUUCAGUAAUACUAGAAAGCACUAUUCUGAUUUUGAUUUGCUGGAGUUUUGGACUAGUGGAUCACCCAUAAGAGCAAUGUAAGCAUGAAGUUCACUACACAAGGCAGUAUAUGUACGAUUCAAUAUUAUAACCACUUUCCAGUUAUUUUCAUAUUAAUAACCUGGAGCUGAGUACAACUUUUGUACAGUAUUGUUUUCUGUGAACUGUAUUUUUUAGUUCAAUAUGUAACUGGAAUGUGCAUGGCUUGCAUCAUCAGCAUUUUGUUCACUUACAUGUUACUUAAUAUGUCUAAGGACAGUGGCUCCAAUGUGGUCUAUAAUAAUUUCUAUAGCUUUAACUUACAGAAUUCCUUACUUCCCAACAACUACUGAACGAACAGUCCAGUCUUGAUUAUUCUCAGUAAAUCAUGACAGUUGAUCAGUGACUGAAUCGCCUAUUUUGGAUAUGCCAUAAUUUGUAACGUACAUUGUCUCAUGAUGAAGAGAUGACCAUGAUAACCUGCUUCACAUGUGAUAUACGGGUCACCAGUAACAAAACGUGGUACCUUCGCCAAUGUGAGGUUGUGGAAUAUUUUUUCGUCAUGUUAGAGAAGACAUUUGGUUUGUUAGUGAAGUCUGUGUGUUUACACCUUGACCUAGUGGUUAAAACUGUGAAUACUGUGUAAAAUGUGUCUUUAGAAGAAUAUAGUGUGUUUAUGUGAUGACCGCUGGAUCCGAGUGUUAUCGAGGAUGAUUGAGGAAGAAAGCGCCUGUUACGGAGAGGGAUGCAUGAAUAUCAUAAGUACAUAACAGAAUAAUGAAAUGAAAUGAAAUAAUUGUGAGAGAUCACACUGCUUAAAAGAAUAAACAAAAAUAUUUUAUCUG